AUGCUUUUUAUCUCACAGUGGUUGCAGCAUACUACACUUAGAAAGCCGAGUCUAGUUCAUCCCCGAAUGAACAACAUUAGUUUUUGGGUUCUGCCAAGUUCCAUGACACUACUGCUACUUAGCAGCCUAGUGGAACAAGGAGCAGGUAUUGGGUGGACCGCGCUUCCUCCUUUGAGCAGUGUGUUGAGUCACUCCGGAGCCUCUGUGGAUCUGGCGAUUUUGAGUCUACACGUUGCAGGGGUUGGAAGUAUUCUAGGAUCUAUCAAUUUCCUAGUCACAGUGGCCAACAUGCGUGCUCAAGGCAUGACCCCUUACCGUCUUCCUCUUUUUGUCUGGUCUCUUUGUUUCGUUAGCGUGCUACUAAUCGGUAGCCUUCCCGUUUUUGCAGCAGGUCUAACAAUGCUAUUAACCGAUCGCAAUUUCAAUACCAGUUUUUUCUUGCCAGCAGGUGGAGGUGAUGUUGUCCUGUUUCAACAUUUGUUCUGGUUUUUUGAAAAACAAAAAGUUUACGUGUUGAUCCUGCCAGCUUUUGGUAUUGUAAGUCACGUGAUUAGCUUCUUUUCCCGCAAACCUAUUUUUGGUUAUGUUGGUAUGGUAAACGCCAUGGCCGCUAUUGCAAUCCUAGGUUUCCUUGUAUGGGCUCACCACAUGUUUGCUGUAGGCUUGGAUGUGGACACCCGCGCUUAUUUUACAAGUGCAACCAUGAUUAUUGCCGUGCCAACCGGGAUUAAAAUCUUUUCCUGGUUAGCAACUCUUUAUGGUGGGUCUUUGUGGUUAACCACACCCAUGUUGUUCGCACUAGGUUUCUUGGUGUUGUUCACCAUUGGGGGAUUGACAGGUGUCGUGCUUGCCAAUGCAGGAAGCCUGAAAUUGGGUCAAUCAAUGACUUACUAUGUUGUUGCCCAUUUUCACUAUGUGUUAAGCAUGGGUGCGCUGUUUGGUAUCUUCUCUGCGUUCUACUUUUGGGUAGGGAAACUGACUGGGUGUUUGUAUCCAGAGCAGAAUGGUCAAAUCCAUUUUUGGCUGUUCUUUAUUGGAGUCAAUCUAACCUUUUUCCCUAUGCACUUCCUUGGGCUCGCAGGAAUGCCACGACGAUACCUAGAUUACCCAGAUGCCUUUGUAGGAUGGAACGUUGUAGCAAGUUUUGGAAGUUAUGUAAGCUUUAUUAGCUUUGUGUUCUUCUACUACAUUGUUUAUCAAACAUUGGCUGAAGGGCCAAAAUCUGCGGACAAUCCGUGGCAAGUUACCAAUGAAAAUGAAUCUGCUGUAGAAUGGCAGUUGCCAAGCCCUCCGGCCUACCAUACCUUUGGAGAUGCUCUUCCAGUGAUUCGUGAAACCCCUAUGAGCGGUAGCGUGAUGCAUUCAUUUAAAUGA